AUGUUUUCAGAAGAUCCACUUACUAAUGCAUGCGAAAAAGAAAAUCUCAAACGUAUUAAAUCUCUUGUAGAGAAUGGUAAUUAUUUUGAUUAUAACAAUCCACUCAUUUUAGCAUCACAACACGGUCAUCUUGAAGUUGUUAAAUAUCUUAUCUCUGUUGGAGCUGAUAAAGAAGCAAGGGAUGGUGGAAAUUAUACUCCACUCAUUAAAGCAUCAGAAAAUGGUCAUCUUGAAGUUGUUAAAUAUCUUAUCUCUGUUGGAGCUGAUAAAGAAGCAAAGAUUUCUUUUAUACGUACUCCACUCGUUUGUGCAUCAGAAAAUGGUCAACUUGAAGUUGUUAAAUAUCUUAUCUCUGUUGGAGCUGAUAAAGAAGCAAAGAAUGUGUUUGGAUAUACUCCACUCAUUAAAGCAUCAGAAAAUGGUCAUCUUGAAGUUGUUAAAUAUCUUAUCUCUGUUGGAGCUAAUAAAGAAGCAACAAAUCUUGAUGGAAAUACUGCUCUUGAUGUUGCAAGUGGUUACGUGAAAAAAUACUUUUUGGAAGACAAAACAGAAUAG